AAGCGCGUUACAACAAUGAGUACGAAAGUAAAUCUGCUUACGUUCAGAAUUAGCAAGAUGGGCAUACUGACGGCUGAAGAAAAGCAGUUCUACAAGGAUAACGGCUACAUCCUCAUCCGAAACCCCUUCACCGCCCAGGAGUUGGAGGAGCUGUCUACAGAGUACGACGACCUGUUCCGCCGGAAGAACGAGGCCAAGACCGAGAGCUCGUGGGUCGGCAGCGACGAGACAAAUAGGAAAAGUGACAGUCCAUACACGGUGAAGGGUAUACACAAUUUGCAGAUGCAUCACGCGGUGUUUGGCAAACUGCUCUACCACGAUAAGUUGUUGGACGCGCUAGAGGACGUCAUGGAGACAAAGAACAUCGUUCUUCAUCACACUAAAGCUCAUUACAAGCCGCCGGAAAAGGGGGCCUCAUAUCCAAUGCACCAGGACUACCAUUACUUCCCGUACAAGAACGACUCCAUGGUGGCAGCGUUCAUCCACUUGGACGACGCGUCGCCGGAGAACGGAGGGCUGUGCGUGUUCCCGGGCUCGCACAAGCUGGGACCGCUGGAAGACGUGGGCGUGCGUGAUAACUCGCACUUCCAUUAUGUUGACCAGAGCAAAUUUCCCAUAGAGAAGUCGACCCCUGUGAUGGCGCGCCGCGGGGACGUGGUGAUCUUCAGUUACCUGCUGGUGCACGGCAGUCCGGCCAAUCUGUCUGCGCGCGCGCGCCGCAUGCUGCUCGUGCAGUACGCGGACGCGCACGACGUGCCCACGGCGGGGGAGCGCGCGCAGCCCGCGCGCGGCCUCGUGCUCAGGGGCGUUAACUUGUAUCGCGACGCUACAGUCGCCAACCGACAUGUAGAGUAAUCGAUUCACUAGACUCAACUACGUUUAAAGAAACAUAAUAUUGUCUUUUCAUCUUUAUAUAUCGAGUUUUUAUCAUCUUCUUUG